GGAUGCCGGUGUGCGCAGAAUAAUACAGUAUACAGUCCGUCCUGCACCUUGCAUCCUGCCACUGCUGCGACCGUUGAAAUGGUCGAUAUCAUCGUUCUUGGUGCUACAGGCUACACCGGAAGACUAAUCACCCGCUACCUUUACGCCCACCCCGAGCGCUCCUCAUUUUCUUUUGGAAUCGCAGCACGCUCCAGGUCGAAACUUAACGAUCUCGUGUCAGACCUCUCUCUCGACAGCACCGUACAACUUUUCAUCCUCGACAUAGCAAACCCAGAGCAAAUUGAUGCAGCCGUCCAGAAGACCAAAGUCGUCAUAAACGCAGUGGGACCGUACUGGCGCUGGGGAACACCAGUCGUACGAUCAUGCGUGCAGCAUGGAAAACACUAUGUUGACCUUGCCGGCGAAACGCCCUGGGUGAAGGACAUAAUACACGAGUUCGAUUACGUUGCCACUAAAACCGGAGCUGUCAUCGUCCCCUGCUGCGGGCUCGAUUCCGUCCCUUCCGAUGCCGUAGUCCAUAUCUCCAACAAGACUCUCAAAAAUCUAGCUGGUCCAACUACCACAAUAGACUUGUCUACUUCGUCAUGGAAGGUCCAAGGAGGCGUCUCAGGAGGCACUAUAUCAUCAAUUAUCACAGCGCUAGAAGAUGUACCGCGCGACAAGCUUCGCGCAGCACGGCUCGAUUUCGUGCUCAGUCCCGUUAAGGGUGUCCCAAAUCCCAAGCCUCGUUUCCUCUACUCACUUCCCUUAACACCACGAACGUCAUGGGGCUCGUAUUUCCCUAUGACAUUUAUUAACAGGCCCGUAGUUCACCGCACAUGGGGUUUGCAUGAAGCCGCUACCCGCAAAAGGAGCUGUACUGAGGUUGAAAAGGCCUCGUCGUAUGGUCCGGAGUUCAAGUAUGACGAAUUUUUGUCCUUGCCAAGCAUAUUCCAUGCUAUCGCAUUUAGCACAAUGCUACUAUUCGGUGCACUGAGUCUCGCCUUUAUCCCUCCAGUUCGUUGGCUAGUAAAGACAUUCGCACCUCCAGGCAGCGGUCCUUCUGACGACAAACUCCAAAAAGGAUUUGUCGAAGUAACCAACAUCACAUCUUCAACAACCGUCGGUGAGCGCAAAACCAGUGUCAAGAGCACCUUCCGUGGACGUGGUGACCCAGGGUAUCUCCUAAGCUCAGUGAUGAUAUCCGAGUCUGCUCUUGGGCUCCUACUGGAUCAAAAUGAACUUCCAGCACAUGGGCGCCAGGGCGGGAUACUCACCCCUAUGAGUGCACUAGGUGAUGUCUUACUUGACCGUCUCAGACAGAGCGGUCGGUUCGAGAUCGAGAGCGAGGUUAUUCUCAGCAACAAGGCAGAAGAGGCGCGUAAGGUUCGCUGACACAUGAUGUAGAAUACGGAUAGGGGUCACAUUUAGUUUAGUAGUCAUACAGUCGUUUGCUUGGUUUAUAACAACAUCCCAUUUACUUUAUACUUGGUUUGGUGGAAUAAUUCUAGUCAUAAUGGAUGGUACGAAGCAUUAUACAGCAAAUAUAAAGCACGAGUAAUGUAUCAUUGUCAAGAAGUUGAUAUGGAUAUGACUGCGCAAUGGCCUUAGUGAUACUUGAAGCACUGAUGUUAGGUUCCUACGGUCCUUGAUUACUUGAUACUUGAUGAGACGGCACGAAAAAGGGAAGCUUGGCAGGAUUGCCUCCUUUGGUCAAAAGCAAGAUGAACCAGGCGGAAUGUCUCUGAGACACCAUGCAAGAAGAAAGGGCUCUGUCAAUGCGAACAAUACCUCUUGAGAAACUGGUGCAAUCCUGGAACUCGAGCUUCCUGUCAACUUGUGAUCCGACGACGAUGAAUUGGUGUCAUCGAGUGAAACAGUACUAGCAGAUGGUUGACGGCGACCAGCAUCACAUGGAGAGGGGCCUAAAACAAUAUGUUCUCGGGAGUGCUGGAGGGUAGUUGUGGCAUCCGAUGGGAGGGUCAUGCUGUUUGAACUUUGUGCUUGGGGUACAACUGCGUUGAGAAACUUGUGCUCGGUGAGGCUCCUGUGAGUCAAAUUUUGAAGA